UGAUUGGCCAUUUCCUUACACAACCACUUGCGUAAACCUUUAUAUUUCUCGUUGUGUAAGACUAUAAAAUGCUAUAAAAGGUAGGUUCUCACUCAUAGAGGAUCAUCUGUAGCCUUUCGAGAUUGCUAGGAUGAAGACUCUCUGGUGCCUUGUUUUUUGUCUGACCUAUGGGCUAUCCCAGACACAGUCCAUGUUCUCUGUAGUCACCGAUACAGUAUUGCCUCCCGAUGCCUUUCAUAACCCAACCCAGCUAAAUUAUGGGAUGGCAGUAACCGAUGUGGAUGGUGAUGGAGACCUGGAGGUUGUGGUUGCAGGAUACAAUGGCCCCAACCUCGUACUGAAGUAUGACCGCAGCCAGAGGAAACUCGUGAACAUUGCCGUUGACGACAGCAGCUCUCCCUACUAUGCCCUAAGGGACCCUCGGGGUAACGCCAUAGGUGUGACCGCAUGCGACGUGGACGGGGAUGGGCGGGAGGAGAUUUACUUCCUCAACACCAACAACGCUUACUCAGGUCGGGCGACCUACUCUGACAAGCUGUUCAAGUUCCGUAACGGCCGCUUCGAGGACCUUCUGAGUGACGACCUCAACCAGCGCCGGGGUGUUGCCAACAAGAUGGCGGGCAGAUCUGUGGCCUGUGUGGACAGAAGGGGUACAGGACGCUACUCUGUGUAUGUGGCUAACUAUGCCAGCGGUAACGUCGGCCCACAUGCACUGAUUGAGAUGGAUGAAUCUUCCAGUGACCUCAGCAAAGGCAUCAUUGCCCUGGUGGACGUGGCAGCUCAGGCCGGGGUCAACAAAUACACGGGUGGGCGUGGCGUUGUGGUUGGGCCAAUUCUAAGUGAGACCAGAUCUGAUGUCUUCUGUGACAAUGAGCAUGGCCCCAACUUCUUGUUCCGGAACAAUGGGGAUGGAACGUUUACUGACAUGGCCAAACAAGCUGGUGUAGAGGACAGCCACCAGCAUGGAAGAGGGGUGGCCUUGGCUGACUUCAAUGGAGAUGGCAAGACAGACAUCGUCUAUGGCAACUGGAAUGGUCCUCAUCGGCUCUAUUUGCAGGGAAGCAACCAGAAGUUUAAAAAUAUUGCCACAAAGGCUUUUGCCACACCCUCUCCAAUUCGCACCGUCAUCACUGCUGAUUUUGACAAUGACAAGGAGCUGGAAGUCUUUUUCAACAACAUCGCCUACAGAGGCCACUCCCCCAACAGAAUCUUCAGAGUAAGCAGGAGAGCGAACUCUGACCCCAAGAUUGAGGAACUGAAUGUAGGUGAUGCUGCUGAACCUCAGGGCCGUGGCACAGGUGCCACGAUAACUGACUUUGAUGGUGAUGGGAUGCUUGACCUGCUGGUAGCUCAUGGAGAGAGUGCAACACAGCCCAUAUCUGUCUUCAAAGUUAGCCAGGGCUCCUCCAACAACUGGCUGCGAGUCAUCCCUCGCACGCAGCACGGCGCCUUCGCCCGCGGGGCCAAGGUGGUGGUCUACACCCGCCAGAGUGGAUCCCACAUGCGCAUCAUCGACGGUGGCUCCGGCUACCUGUGUGAGAUGGAACCAGUGGCUCACUUUGGCCUGGGCAAUGAUGUGGUUGUCAGCGUAGAAGUCUAUUGGCCAGAUGGCCAGUCCAUGGCCAGGGCCCUACAGGAAGGGGAGAUGAACUCCGCCCUGGAAAUCACCUAUCCCAGAGAGGGGGAACAGGCUGUGCUGACCUCAGAUGCCCAGUGUGGAAGUGGGUUCACUUUAAAUCAAAAUGGCCGUUGCACAGACUUUAAUGAGUGUAAGAUGAAGCCCCCGGUGUGUCCAGAGUCGCUCCCUCUCUGCACUGAUACCUAUGGAGCUUACGUGUGCAGGCCCAAGAGGAAGUGUGCAGAGGGGUACAGAUCUGCUCACGGUGGCAGAGCUUGUGUGGCUGUGCCUGGAGGACACAGGAGCAGUUCUCCCCCUCAGCUUCAGCCCUCCCUGUUGGGGCUUCUUUUGCCCCCUGGGUCCCUGAUGUUGGGGCUUCUUUCGCCCCCUGGGUCACUAACGUCACUUUGACACCAUGUUGUCCAAGUAGUCUGUACACGAAUUAAGGGCUCUUGACAUGAAUGGGCCACUGGAUAACAUCAGGCUACCAGAGGAUCGGAUCUGUUUCUGGCUAAGGGCUUUUUUAAUUUUCCUGAUUGCAUGACUUUGCUGAUAGAAUGCUGCCCCUUGGUUAGACAAGGUGAGUCUUCAGUCCUACUUGGAGCUGUGUGUAUACUGUAUAGACUCAGGUCAUGUGGCUUUACAUGUGGCUUUUCUCUAUAUAAUGUAGAAGAACUGGUGUACCUGAUUCCCUGUGUGUGUGUGUGAGUGUGUAUGAUUGUCUUUGUGUGAGUGUGCUUAUAUGAGUCAGUCAGUCAGCAGACUUAUUGAUCAACUGAUCAAGUGCCAGUUUGGAUUAAAGCUGCAGUUGGCAAGAUUUUUUUGAUCUUAUUCACUGAAACCGACACUAUGCUCCGACAGA